UUCUGGGGCAAGUCUCAGUCGCGGUACAUGGCCUCGUCUCCGAGUCCGUGUUCCGGAGAGGGGGCUGCAGGGUGAUCCUCCCCUGGUGCAGCCAGUAGCUUGCGCUCCCCACUGGGAGGCAGCCCCACUGCACGUCCCUUGCUCCCGUCGCUGCGCCUGCCCUGCAGAGGUGUGGGGCUGAUACAAGCACCUGCUGCGGGGAAGCCGCCGGGAGUCUCCAAUGCGCGGGUGGUUGGAUGGUGUCAGGCUGGGAUCCCUUCCCAUGGGGAGCCUGGCCCGCCCCGGCGCCUGCCGGACAGUGGGACGCAGGAGCCUUCCCGUCCCGUUUGCCCUGACCCAAAGGGGCUAGACCAUGAACCAGCGUGAAAGCCAGCCACGUGGGGCUCUACCUUGCUGAGCCUGGGUAGCCGUGCUGGAGUUUCUGUUUCCAUUGCUCUUGUAAUCUAGGGGUGGGGUUCUCAACCUUUUUGUUACCUCUGAACCUCCCCCCAUCCUCCAACAUGCUAUAAAAACUCCACCGCCCACCUGUGCCACAUAAUUGGUUUUCUGCAUAUAAAAGCCAGGGCCAGCAUUCGGGGGUAGCAAGCAGGGCAAUUGCCUGGGCUCCCACAAAGCUACAUUGCUCAGACCUCAGCUUCCGUCCUGGGUGGUGGGACUCAGGGACCUGGCUUCAGCUCCAUGAGGUGGGGCUUUGGCUUUUGGCCCUGGGCCCCAGUGAAUCUAAUGCUGACCCUGCUUGGAGGCCCCCUUGAAAUCUGCUCAUGGCCCUCUAUGGGGCCCUGGAUUCCUGGUUUAUGAUUAUUGAUCUAGGGCACCUGGGACUCAGCGGGACAAUUGCUUUUCAGAUUGUGGUUGCAAGGAAGGGGAGAAAGUUCUUAGCUGACGGUUAACAUUGCCAUUAUCUUCCUAUGUUCUGUUCCCCUCCCCCAUCUGUAAGUUUGGGUCUCAACUAUUAUUAGUGUGCUUUCGAAUUUAGUAACUUCAUUUAUUAGCAGAAAGAAUCAGGAGCCAUGAAACAUGUAAAACUAAUUUGUGGAGAAAUUGUCCAUAUUUGCUAUGCUAUGCUAAUGUUCAACAGCCUUAAAAAUACCUGUUGGCUAAAUUUGGCUUGUAGGUAAAUGGAAAAAUGGCUCGCAACAAUGACUGGUUUCAAAGUUCCAGAGUACCCAGCUUUGCUCAGAUGCUAAAAAAGAACUUGCCCACUGAACCGCCUCCUCAAGCCCCUCCUCAGCCAUCUCCACACCCUGUGAAUAUGGGCCUGAUGUUUUCAUCUUCUGAAAAUUACAACAUGCCAAAUUCAGCACGUAAGGUGACACACAUCACAGGUCAUGUUUCAGACUUGCUAUGUUCCAAAGCAGCCCAUCCACCUCCAAUCACUUCACUUCUUCCAAAGAAAAUACCAAAGGAGUUUAUACUAAAAUAUAAACGUGGGGAGAUAAACCCAGUAUCUGCCUUGCAUCAAUUUGCACAAAUGCAGCGUGUGCAACUAGAUUUGAAGGAAACUGUUACAACAGGCAACGUCUUGGGGGCUUACUUUGCUUUUUGUGCAGUGGUGGAUGGAGUUCAAUAUAAGACAGGAUUGGGGCAAAAUAAAAAGGAGUCUAAAUCAAAUGCAGCAAAACUGGCUCUUGAUGAGCUACUCCAGUUGGACGAUACAGGACCAAAGGUUUUUGAAAGUUCAGGUCCUCCUCGGAUUCCUGCAGAACCCAUAGUUUCAGCUGAAUCAACAUACAUUUCAAAGAUGCCUUAUGAGAGAAGGCAUCUUGUGUAUGAAAAAUUUUCACGAGCUGUCAGGGAAACCUUUAACAGUCUGACUGCCAAAUAUCCUGAGUACCAGAGUUGUAGCAAUUCAUUGGCUGCUUUUAUAAUUGAAAAAGCUGGACACUAUGAAGUUGUAGCUCUUGGCACAGGAGAAUUCAAUUACAGUCAGUGCAUUCAUCAUGAUGGGAGAGUGUUGCAUGACACUCAUGCUGCUGUUACUGCAAGACGCUCUCUGCUUAGGUAUUUUUACAGGCAGCUUUUGUUAUUCUACAGUAAAAAUCCUAUUAUGAUGGACAAAUCCAUAUUUUGUAUGGAACCAGCAUCAAGCCUACUCAGUUUAAAACAAAAUAUAAAUAUUUUUCUCUACAUGAAUCAGUUGCCAAAAGGAUCUGCUCAGAUAAAGUCACAGUUACGUCUCAAUCCAAAUUCUAUAUCUGCAUUUGAAGCUAAUGAAGAGCUUAGUCUCCAUCUUGCUGUGGAAGGCAAGAUUUACCUAACUGUUUAUUGUCCCACUGAAGCUGCUAACAGAGUAAACAGCAUGUCAGCUAGUGACAAAUUAACCAGAUGGGAAGUGCUGGGUGUCCAGGGAGCAUUGCUAAGUCACUUCAUUCAGCCAGUUUACAUCAGCAGUAUACUUGUUGGGGAUGGAAACUGCAGUGAUACAAGAGGACUAGAAAUAGCUAUAAAACAACGUGUUGAUGAUGCACUCACAUCAAAGCUUCCCAUGUUUUACCUGGUCAACAGACCUCAUAUUAGUUUGGUGACUGCUACACAUCCAGUUCAGAUAGACUUGGAGCACAGAUCUCUUAGUAUGAAUUGGUCACAAGGGGACACUUCAUUAGAAGUUGUGGAUGGUUUCAAUGGGAAAAUCACUGAAAGUUCACCAUUCAAAAGUGGCACUUCAAUGGCAAGCCGUCUUUGCAAGGCUGCAAUGUUAAAUCGUUUCAAACUGGUUUCUAAGGAAGCGAAAAGAAGCGAUUUGCUUGAAGCUAGUACAUAUCAUGAAGCAAAGAUUAAGUCAACACUCUACCAGGAAGCUAAACAUUUGCUGAAAAGCUACCUAGAGCAGUAUGGCUAUGGAUCAUGGAUUGUGAAGUCUCCGCAUAUUGAACAGUUCAGCAUGUAACUACUAAGCUGAUAUUGGUUUUUAUCACCUAUAUCAAUAAAAAAGUUAAUUUUGCGAGUAAAAUAUUUGGAUAUUGGUAGUCUUAAUCUUUCAAAUCAGAGCCAUUUAUAGCAAUAACAAGUGAAUGGCUCAAAGACUUCUAUGGUCAGUUUAAACACAAAUAUUAGACUACCUCUUGUAACAAAUAAGUCUUACUCAAGACACCAGUGAUUGUUUUAGAUAAUCUCACAAAGCUGCUAUUAAAGAGUCUUAUCUGUA